AUGGAAGAUGAGCAAGCCGAGAGCGGUCCUCAGACGGCAGAAAGAAGAAAGAAGCGACAGCGCCGCAAAACGCCACUGCCAAUGGACGAAGUGACUCUUAUCGUCCCAUCCACGCUUCCUGCCACUCCGCCAGUAUCUACCGAGAGACCAAAGAAGCGCCAGAGGCGUCAGCCCCGAGAGACUCCCGCUAAACUGAAGCCAAAGACACGUGCUGCAAACACAAUGCCAAAGAACGUGUCUCCUGUCCCGAUACAGGUUACCACCUCUCCAGAACUUGGGUCCAGUCAGCCAGCCGAGGUGAUCUUCGAUGCUAGCUUCGAGGAUCUCUAUCCCCAGAAUCACAGCCCUGCCCCUGCUGAGACCGUUGUUCCAUAUGAUGAAGAGCAGGACGAGAGCAGUGGAGCGGGGUCAACCCAUUCGACAGGAAUGACCACGCCGAGCACCGUUCCAAGCCCUCGACGCAUCUCCAGCACCCAGGUCCCUGUUUUGUCGCACCCGCCUAUUCCCCGGCCUCCAUCUACCCCUUUCAUAUAUGACGAAGUGCAAGAUUCUGUUGAAUCGAUUACCGCUACUCGACCUCCGCUCAUGCGAGACCUAUCUACUCUCGUGCCCAAAAUUGUGUCCAGGCGCGACGAGGAUAUUGGUCAUCGGCUGCAGGACAUUCACAAGCGAGUUGUGUCGUACCUACAAGACAAAGAGAAGGAUGUCGCCUCCGUCGCCUCCACAUACCUCAAGAAUGGCGCCCGUUGCGUGGAUCGCCUCCAUAACCGGUUUGCAAAAGAGCGUCAAGUCCUCCUACAGAGACUGUAUGAAGAUAGGGAUACGUUUAGCAAGUCUCUUAGCACUGCGAAGCGCGGCCUUCGUGAGGCUGCGAAAGAUCGACAGCGAGUCCUGAAGGAGCUGGACAGGAAUGCCAAGAAGCGACAGCAGGGUUGCUCCAAUGAAGUAAAUCGUAUCAAGGAUAUUGCAAAGAGAGUCCAAGCUGGAGGUUGA